ACCGAUGUUCUCAAGGUUUUGACGUCUAUUGUCGAUUGUUUCCUCUUCGAUUCCCGGUGUGCAUGGGGGAGUUGAUUUCCCUACACACCUGAACACUUUCACCAUUGUACAGAUUGGUCCACACUCGCAGCUUCACCGUGAUUCUCUGCAGCUUUGAAGCUUUACAUCGAAGCUUAGUCGACACUGGAAAGAGGGGCGUGAGCUGAAGUUAGUGUUGCUUUGGAAGGGGAGUGACAGGGCGAUGGUGAUGGUGAGGGUGUAAGUAGGCCUUUUGUGGGUGCCUCGUAAAAUCGGUGGGGGAGGAUCAGCAUGGAGGCAGUCAAGGCCACGAUUCCCAGGACUUUGUUGCAGCACAUCGAUGCUAGUCAAAUUGGCGAUGUGGAGGUCACUUGUUCUGCUCUCGCUUCGCACUUUAAGAGCAGCGCCACUUGCUCUCAGUUACUUGAGCAACUCGCCGAGCCCAACAAGACAACUUGCGCAAAAGAUUCAGAGAAAGCAUUGCAGUACAAGAGGGAAGGCAAUGCAGCUUUUGGAACCUCCUCUUUCGAACAGGCUCGCGACUCCUACACGAAGGCAUUACGGUAUUCCCCCCUUGCUACCCAGGUCGACGCGACGACUAUAGCAACACUCUUUGUAAAUCGAGCUGCUGCGUUACAUGCUUUGGAGCAGCAUGUGGCAGCAACAAGAGACUGCUCACGAGCUAUUAAGCUCCAGCCGGAGUAUUCAAAGGCUUGGUACAGACGAGGUCGAGCUUGGGCUGGUUUGCACUGGUACAAGAACGCUAUAGAGGACUUGGAGAAGGCCCUCUUUCUGGAAUCGUCAGCCAGUGGGAAAAACCAGGUUUCCCAUGAACUUGACAAAGUGAAAGUUAUUGUGAAAUUCAAUAAACAUUUCAUACCAAGUGAGAACUGCAAUGCAGGACCUACUAAAUGGAAAUCUGGGGAAGGAUUUCAUCAUGAUGGAGUGUCUUCUUAUUGGACUUCUGAAAAGCAACGGGGAAUGCAUGCUACCAAAGAUCUUGAAGCUGGCUCGUUAGUUCUUGAAGAAGAGCCCAUGGCCGCAUUGAUUUUGAAGGGACAUCGAAAUACGCACUGUCAUUUUUGCUUUGAGAUGCUGCCACCUGACCCUGUGGUAUGCUUUACGUGCGCCAUACCGCUAUACUGUGAUGUACCUUGCAUGGGAGCUGCUUGUGAUGAGAGUAGCGAGGAGCUUGACGGGCAAAAAUGGAAAGGUGAGCACAUGCAUGAGUGUGGGGGUGCGAGCUGGUCCGCUGUACUUCCAACCGAUGCAGUUCUGGGCGCACGCUUGUUUGCUCGUGGUCAAGGCAAUGCACAUUUGGGCGAAGAGCUCGAUGACCUAUGUCACCACUACAACAAAAUGAGUUAUGCAGCUAAGGUGGAUUUGCAUGUCAUGGCAACCGUAACGGCACAUUGUCUAUUCCGUAAUCCUGCUAACAAUUGGCUUGGACAAACCUUGGGUGAUGUUGCUGCGAAGCUUGUGCGAUCAGUAGCUGUUGUACGCGCCAAUGCCAUGGGAAUUUGUGCUGUACAAUUUUCUGCUGAUGAAAAAUCGAAAAGCACCUCGAGUCUGAAGAAUAACAUUGACAAGUCCGUUGUAUCACAAGUGGAGCAGGUUAACGUUGCGCAAGGAGUUUAUAUAUUAGGGAGUAAGUUUAACCACUCAUGCAGUACCAAUGUACAUGCAUCAUUCAAAUAUCGGCAGCUCAGAGUUCGAACUAUUGUGCCCAUUGGAGCUGGUUCUCCGUUGGAGUUGUGCUAUGGAGCUCAAGUUGGAGAAAUGCGGCGUAAUGAAAGGCAGGAAUGGCUUCACGCGCGCUACUUCUUUACUUGCGCAUGUCUAUCGUGCAAGACAGUCUCACAGCCUGAUCUAUUGUUGUUUGCAUUCCGUUGCUCUAAAGCUGCCUGUGAUGGAGUGGUGCCAGGCCCCAGUCUAUUAAAGCAACUUGACCAGCGUGUUCUUAGGAAUGACUCAACAGAGGCAAACGCGUUAAAACCAGGCUGGUGCAUAUCAUGCGGAACUGCAAUCAACCUGCAAUAUUUUACAGAUGCGGCACAUGCAGUUAUCGAGGAAUUUGCAAGUCUGCGAUCCAAGCUACAACAGCCGAGUCGUAACCAAGAGUUAUUAGUGCAAGAAGCCCUUGAUACUUUGAAGCUAUGUCGGAGUAUCUUUCAUGCUUCUUCGAAAGAGAUGGCUAAGGCAGAAGACUUAAUGGCGGAAGCAUUCUGCCUAAUGGGUCGACCAGAUGAUGCCCUUCCUCACUGUAAAAUAUCAAUUCAGAUUCUUGAGAACAUCUACGGUAAGGAUCACAUUGCUGUGGCGAAUGAGCGGCUGAAGUUGGUUUCGAUUGCAAGAGCUACUAACGCCAGGGAUGAAACACAACGCAAUCUGGCUCUAGUAGAUCAAGUGAUGAGGAUCCAUUACGGUCCCGAUUACCAGUCAAUGUUAGAUCUGGAGGCUUUCAACGAUCUGCAAGAUGUUGAUAUGGCAAGCUGUGCAUGAUCGGUGUUAGAGCCACAGGUGUUCCUUUUGUUGGAUUGCGAGACUUAUCCCCACUCAACAAGUGAGAGUGGCAACUUUGAGAAAUCAAUCAAUUUUGUAGUUCAAAGCACUUGAACUGUAGAGAAAGCAAUCUACGCACCUGAACCCAGGUUCAGGAAUGUUCACGGAGCGGUUGCAAAUGCUUCCUUUUGCAGCUUUUUGGAACUCUUUCAUCUCAUGAUGGGUGGAAAUCCUUGUAAUAUUAAACAGGAUCCCUGGAUAAUGAAUCCUUAGGGAUAUCAUUCCGGUGCUACUAUAUUUGUGGCCUGAACUCGAAGGGGGUGGGAUUCCCACUCAAGCUCCAAUCUUUCCAAGCCCAA